AUGGACGAUAAGCGCGUUUUUCUCGCUCUCGGUCUGCUCGUGGUGGCGGCUUCCGCCAGGCCGUCAUAUGACUUGGACACAGCAGCCCAGGAACCCCAACCCGCCGAAGAAGCGGCUCCCCCUAUGCCAUACGCCUUCGAGUACUCGGCCUCCGAUCCCGAAGGUUCUCAUUCGCAUUCCUCAAGCUCUGAUGGGAAAACGGUCACCGGACAGUACUCCAUCAUGCUCGCUGAUGGUCGCAUGAGAACCGUGAAGUACACCGCCGAUGAAAACGGAUACCGCGCCGAGAUCAUCACGAAUGAGCUCGGGACCGAGUCCAAGAACCCCGCUGACGUCACGAUUCAGUCGUCGGCCCCCACAGGCGCAGAGGCUGCUUUGCUCGGCCCGUCGUCCCCGGGUGCCGCGCCCGCUGUCGCAUCGGCUGCCCUCCAGGCCGCACCCGAAGCUUCACCGAUUCCUGUGACCGAUGCGGUUCCUGCGGAAUCGCCGAAACCAACGGAGCAAGCCAGCGAAGCUUCGUAUCUGAACAAACAAUACGGACCUUUUCUCACAUCGGCAAAUAUGCGUUCUUCGCUCCCGCUGCUCGCGAUUGCUGCCCUUGUCGCGAUUUGCGCUGGCCAAGAAGAGAACUACCCUCCUCAACCCUUUGAGUUCUCUUACUCGGCCGAGGACUCCGAGGGAUCGCAUUCGCACUCCCAGCAAGGCGACGGAACGGGCAAGGUCACCGGAGAAUACACUAUCACAUUGGCCGAUGGCCGCUCCAGAACCGUGAAGUACACCGCCGAUGAGAACGGAUACCGCGCCGAAAUCAUCACCAACGAGCUCGGCACCGAGUCCAAGAAUCCAGCCGAUGUAACAAUUCAAUCGACUGCACCGACGGGAGCCGAAGCGGCCCUACAAGGUCCGCCUCAGGGAAGCGCUUCGCAGAAUACCCCCGUAUACCUACCGUACGCUUACGCUCGUUAUUAGUAAGACCGAAAUUCUAUUCCAAAGCCUUUCCACCUGUCAUAUCUGUAUACUGCUUCUGUGAUCUAGUCCUCACGAAAAACUCAUCCUGUAUACUUGAAUAAAGUCUACAUUCUAGUACGUCAUGUG